UGGGGCGUUCUCCCUCAACUCAUUCUCUUCUUUCUCUCCAUUAUUGCGCUGUCUGUCCUUCUGCCUCCGUAUCAUUCCGUCCAUCUUUAAGGUCUGAGCGAGGACAGCGGGCGGCCAGUGGCGAACAGCUGGACCUGUCUCCGGCUUUAUGAGUUCCAGUCAAGGUCAAAGGUGAACGUCAUAUCAAUGGAGGGCUUCAACGACCUUCUCCUUAAACUGCGGGAGGUCCAUGAGCGGGAAGUGGAAGGAUGGCAAGUGAAAGUCCAGGAGCUGUCCAACAAGAAGGGCUGUGAUACGAAGCGAAUGGAAGAACUCUUCACCAGAAACCAGCAGAUGAAGGAACAGCAGAGGCUACUCACCGAGAACAUCAAGACGCUGGAAAACAGGCUGAGGGCAGGGCUGUGCGACAGAUGCACGGUGACGCAGGACGUGGCCAAGAAGAGGCAGCAGGAGUACGAGGCCUCGCAGAUACAGAGCCUGCAGCAUAUCUCGCUGCUGGGUAAACACGCGCCCAUCCUCGCCUGGCGCUUACGUCAUAUUCCCAUCUCCACACAAGCGUUUCUUGACUCGCGGUCUUUUGUAGCGGGCGAAAUGAACAACCUGAAGAAGGAGAACAAGAGACUCAGAGAUGAGCUCAGGGGUUUCAGAGCAGCACACGAGUAAGUAAGUCGUGGCUCUCGUCCAACACCAGCACCACCGCAGAGGUCAAAUCGCACAGCUCACCCGACCUCCCUCCAUCCCCCGUCCCCGCGGCCCUCGCCUCCGCCGCCGCCCACACGCCGGCGGCCAGUCGGCGAGGGCAACGGGCCGGUGAAGGCCGAGUCCGACCAAAGGAGCGAGGAGACAGAACACAGGCAGCUAAGAGGAAUCGGCAGAAGCCAUUUUGAGCCGUACAAGCGUUUCCCGACGUCGGUGCUCACGUUACCCCCCCGGAAGACGGAACACACGCUGACCCGCGUAGCAGAGAAGAGAGCUCCCAGUCUUGAGGGGCUGGACCAGCGCCCCCUCAUCCCCCCACAUUCUUUGCUUUUGAAGAGAUCUCCCCCGUCUGGAGAGGUGAACCCCAGCCGCCAUGUGCUCCACGCUCCUGUCCCCUGUCGUCCUCAACCAAUCAAGGGCAGCCCCAUGAUCCCGUGGUCCCUCCCUGAAUCCUGUGACUGGGCCAACGUGGCCGCCGCCGGCGCCGGCAUGGCGUUGCAGCCGUCUCUCAAAUCAACCCUGCCCCGUUACCCCAAUCUGGUUCCAACCAGCCAACAUGCUAAUUCCAGAAGGCAGGUUUAUGGGCAUUCCUGGCACAAGCAAAACGUCUCGCAGCUGCAUGUGAAAGAGCCGACCGUGGUGGUCCGAUUGGAAAACCUGAAAGAGCAUAAGGAGAGUCAAAUGACCCCCCAGGAGAAAAAGGAAGUCCCGCCAUAUAGGGAAAAGGCUGCCGCGUGGCCCAAAGAGCCCUGCGAGGGGCCUCUGGACCUGUCGGACCGAGGAAAGCCCAAAUCCGCACAGACUCCAAGAGAUGCUUCUCCACUGAGCACACAAGACGCAGAGACGGGUCGGAAAAGCCCGGACAAGGACGCGAGCGCUCUCUCCCCCCGCGCGGCUCCAUCCCCUCCGCCCGGCGCCCCGUCCUUGUCCUUGCCGCCAGCCAGGCAGCAGGAGGAGGAGCCCACGGGGGAUCACAACCACAAGCUGAUCAAAGAGCAGGAGCCGAGGGAGGAGGUGAACGGAAAGGCGGAGCAAAGCGCCGAGAAGAAGGUGCCUGUCCUCACGAUAUCGCUGCGUCCAGUAGUGAUGCUGGAGAACUCCACUCUGCAGAAGCAGGACUCUGUGUCGUCUAAUGGGAAGUCAUCGUCGCCAGCUGUCGAGCCCGGGAGCAGCUCGGACGAGGUGGAGUGUGUCUCGGGACAAGAAAGCAGCCAGGGCUGCAAGAGGAAGAGGCCGGCAGUCGAGGCCGAAGCCGACAGACACUCAGACACCGACAAUGCUCAGCAUGAACGGAAAAUCAAGAUCACAGUAAGAAGUGAGGAGAAGAGCCCGAGCUAAAGACGACGGCACUCGCCGUUUGAACCAACGCGUUGUGUGACUUCAGCCACAUAUGUUGUUUGUAUUGGCCACUUGGGGGCAGCGCAACAAGCUGAAGGCCGGAGCUGAGGAACUGAGAAACAACACUGAUAAGAACUGCAGGUUCUCACCCCCCUGCACCUCGUUGAUCAGCUGGUCAGAAGCGUUGGGUGGUGUAGUUACAGCUCUAUUAGACAGGGAACUCAAAAGGCAAAGCUGCAAAAUCUUAACAAUGACGCAAAGGACACUACAAUUCCUGCAAGGCUGAGAGCUGAUUUAUAUGCAAUGAAUAAUUAGCCCAAUUGGGGCAGUUUCCUCCUGGCAUUUUUAAAGCUGGAGGGUUUUUCCCCGUUUUUGUCCCAGUCAACUCGCUCCAACUUCCUCAUAUGAGCCCGAACAGGAAUAGCCGAAUGUCAAUGUGAAAUAGAUAAAAAUAUAAGAUAUUUGCAGCAACAUUACUGCCAUUAUGAGGCAGAACGGCAGAACACAGCGCCCCCUGGCUGCUGCUGCAAGGUGACGUCAUUUACAGGCAAAGCACUUCAUCAACAAUCCAACAAAGGGCCUUGGGAGAAUGUGUGACCGUCCAACUGGGUUUUUUCUGUGAUGUUUAUAUGAUAUCGUACAAAUUCUUAGGGUUGGUAAACUAUUCUACCUCCAUCUUAAGGCUUGACUAAAGUUAAUCAACAGACUUGUUUUUUAUUCUUAUUUAGUUGGUUAAUCUAAACUAAUUUUUUGUUCAGCGUCUACGAGCUGUUUGCUGUAAAUCUUGAGGCAUCGUCACACAUUUUGCAACACCUACGAUCGACUGAUGACAGGUGCAAACAGAUAACGAUGGUUUUACAGGAAGUGAAUGGAAUUUGUCCGCUUUUUUUUAAAGGUCGGAGCACAACCUCUAGUGGAUUUUUACACUUUGACCGCUGUUCACAAACCAUUCACCUUCUUCUCCAGUUUUCACUCCGUUCUUCUGCUUCCACUGAGCAUAUUUAUAGUUCUUUCACUUUCCUGGCAAUGCUGUCACAGCCUAUUUUUGCUACAGAAGCCCCCUUCCUGCAUCCCCCAACCCCCAGCCUGUCUUAAGUGACCAACAAAGAAAAAAAAAGACUUGUUCCUCUUCCUCUUUUUCAAUUUCAGAAUGCACAUAUUUUGCAAGUAUUAACUUUCCACUUACAGUUGUGUCAGCUUGUGCUCCACUAAGGGGGUGUUUGAGCUGAAUUACAUUUAUACACAUACUGUAAUUUUUACAAUAUGGUCCUGUAAAUCAACAGGUGUAAAAACCUCUAAUAUGUUAAUAGUAAUAUUUACUGUGGAAAAUGGUCAUGCAGGGCUUUUUUUGUUUGUCUUUUAGCAUUAUGCACUUGCUGUUUGUGUGCAACCACCUGAAGUGUGUGUUCAGACCCAUUGGACGCCAUUAAAUCCAGCACUUGCUCAAAGAUGCAGCCGCCUUUUCUCUGUUAAUUCAAAUGUGACUGGCUGUAAAAUGUGCCAUUUCUCACAAUCCAUUAACAUUGUUGACUAAUGGUCUUCCGACAUGUAACUCAGAUGCAUUUGGCUUCUGUGUGUUUCUUAUUUCUUUGUUCUGUUUUAAAUAAACCUUUUAGAAAUUCA